UUCUCCGGCUUCCGCUGCGUGCGUACGCCCGCGUUGUGAUUCGCGUCCUGUGAAUGUGAAAAUAUGUGACGCCUCGGGCUAUCGCCUUCGCUACAAACGACAUAAUUUAACCUCUGAGUAACCUAUCCAACGAACGAAAUUCCUCAAAAAUGGGAGGCAACAAGAAGGCACCCAGAACGAAAGGCAAUACGCGGCCAUCAAGCAGUGGACGGAGUGCGCAGCUCCUCUCAGCCAGUGGCGCCUCCGGCCUGACUGGAUUUGUAGGAUUCACAUCACUGGCCGGUGACUGCCCUGCUUACAUACCACCAACGGGGCAGCACGUAAUCGAUGACGCAGACUCAAGCGUGGACAGUGACUUCCGAAUGGUCAUGCGCAAGUUAACCAAGCGUGACCAAACAACAAGGCUCAAGGCACUACAAGAACUCCUUGAUCUCGUCAAAGAGAAAGAUGUGGAACUGGUUAAAGGAGCCCUCCCUUUCUGGCCUCGUCUGUACAACAGGCUAUCAUUGGACAAUGAUCGUCGCGUACGGGAAGCCACACACCGUGUCCAUGAGCUCAUCUGUCAACGGGUCAGGAGGGACCUGGCUCCCCACACCAAGGCACUGAUUGGCGCCUGGCUUGUCUCUCAGAGCGACCCGUUUGCGCCCGCUGCGACUGCUGCGAGGGCCGCAUUUGAGGCCGCUUUCUCAAGCGAGAAGCAAAUCCAAGUGUUCCAGUUUUUCAGCCAGGAGCUGUUCAGUUAUAUAAAUGAUGUCAUUCUACAACAGACAGUUGACACCGUUCCAGACUCCAAGGAGCUUUCUCAAGAAGAACGAGAAGCGAAGUACCAUAGGUGGCUUUCCUGCGCAUUGCUCGGCUUGAAGAUGGUCCUGGAGUACCUCUCGCCACUCCCCGAGUCGGGCGUCGAGUCGCUGGACUCCAUCCUCAAGGAGCCCAAGUUCUGGAAAAUGGCCAAGCACAAAGAAAUCAUGGUGCGCAAAUCCUGGUACAGCCUGGCACCGUCAUUGAGUCGUGUGGAUCACGUCUGCAAGACUUAUGGUGCCAAGCUCUGCUCCCAUACCCUGGGAUCUUUAGCCGAGAACGAUCCAGUGGUGGCUGUGCCCAUCUGGGAGGCUGCUCUCUCGGUUGUGUCAGCUGUGCAGGACUGCUGGACGCAUGUGGACGCCAGGAAAGCCGUCCUGCCUCAGCUGUGGAAGGUCUUGAAAAAUGGCGGGUUUGGCAGUGCAGUGCACAUCUAUCCAAACCUGCUUCCAUUCCUGAGCCUUGUCCCUGCUGAGGUCGUUGGCAUUGGCAUCCAGUUUUACAAGUUGUUCUUCGACUCCUUCCGGGAAGGACUGUCAAGCCAAAAAGUGCAAGCGUCUAUGGCAGAGUGCAAUGCUGUUGUUCAAGCUUUCAUGGAGUGCCUUCGUUAUGUCUUGACACGACACCUGGCUCAAGACGAGAAUGCCAAAGCAGUUCGCAGCCACAUUCUGGAGGAGCAGCUUCUCGAAGUUUUGAGAGUGUGCCUCACAGACUCAUCGAGCCGUCUCUCCGGAACACGACUGUACUACGAAGUUGCCAGCCUGCACGCCUUCGUGCUCCAGAAAGUCCUUUCCAGUGACAUCGAGCCCGCCGCAAAGAAGUCUUACCAAGAGUGCCUUGAACUCAUCUGGUCCAGGUUGCUGAAACUAAGUCUAGAAAUAGCCUCGAUGUCGCCUCCGAAUGUCGCACUAGUGCGCCGGCUCACGAAGCUCCUCUGCGCCAUCCACUCUCCGCCAGCGAGUCCGAGGAGUCAGAUGAAGGUCACACUGGUCGCGCCCGAAGACGUUGACUCCGCCGUGCACCCCAAGAGAAGUUCCCUGGUUCUCGACGCACGGACUUCACCCUUGGAGGCCCUCCCGACCACCAUGGCACACACGACGAAAAUCUGUGCAGAAGUGUUGAAAAGGGCGAGGACUAACCCCGGCAGUGCCGAGAGCCUGGUGUACAUGGAAGCCGCCUCUGAAGUUUUGCGUGUCUCGAGUUCCGGCGCGUUUGUCGCAGCAGUGCUCGCUGAAAUGGGUGUUGAGUGCAGUGCGGGAAACAGUGCUGUAGUUGAGUUUUUCGGCUUGUUUCGCUCCGUGGUAAGUGAUGCUGCUUUAGCCAGCUGCAAGGAUCGCUUGGAAGAGUAUUACGGACAUGUCGCAAACUGCUUGCUGGUUGCUUCCGUCAGCGCCGCUGCAACUGCAACAAAGGUGGCAGAGCUCUUCAACAAUACUGUGCUGGACAACGGGCACCUCUUGGCUGUCCUCCUGGAGAAAUCCUUGGACUGCUGGAGGAGCCACGCAGGCAUUCAGGAGUGGCUCAGGAGCAACGACCUGGCCGAGAAGCUGCUGCAGCUGUCUCAGAAGCUCGUGCCGAGCUCCUCAUCGGAGUCGGAGCUCAUCUGGAGGUCACUGCGGGCGAGCCUGGAGAUGGGCAAUCUGUCUGAGCCUCUGAUUUCACUUUCCAACCUCAGUAGCAUCUUGAGCACGCUCCGCAAGACGCUGCAGAACUUUACUCAGGCUGAAGGGAAACAACUGCUGAAGGCAGUGGACUUUGUAUGCGAGAUAACAAACACACUUUUCUCGAGUUAUGAGGGGUGUUGCAAUUUGCCCGAAUCGGAAGAAUUUGUUCUUGCCCUGUUCCUUCUGGACUGUCAGAGUACCCUCUCUUCAUCACCGGAGAUAAGGGAGAAAGUGUGCUGGUCCUGGCAGCAAGGGAUCUCGAUGAUCGUCAAAGCACGGGGUGGAUUCCUGGCGCCCGGCGGUCUUCUUCAGAAGAUUGCGACGACGCUGAAUUCCAUGUUACUCAGCCGUCUUUCCUGUGAUAAGCGCCAAGGACUCGUCAGGUGCUGCUGCCGUUUCUUGGAAAGCAUUUUUGCAGCCAUUCCUAAGGAGGAGCAGGACCCGGUGGCCCUUCUUCUCGACCCAACCGUGUCGCUGGUCCUGGAAUCCAUUCUUCCUACAUCGCAGCAGUGGGAGAAGCUCGUCAGUGACACAUGCCUUUUGGAGCUGUUGGCGGUGCAUCUAGAACAUCCCGAGGACCAUCCCCUCUACACGACACAGGACUACCUCUACAGGGAAGCCGGCAGUCAGUGCUCUGACCAGGCGCACCUGGCGGACGUUGCUGGCUUUGCAGAGGCCGUCUUUGAUCACAUGCUGGCUUCUGAGAGCGAGUCUGAGUCCAAACCACUGAAAAGUAGCAGCUUGCUCCUUAAAUGUGCUCCAUUCCUGAUACUGGCACGCUGUUUCCCUCACCGGGCGUUUACAGUCUCUGUCGAAGAUAAAGAGGGCACCGAGAGCCAGUCGGCCUUGAAUGCAGCUAUAGAGACAUUCUCUAAUGACGUCUUUGAUUCCAUCGUCAGCAAGGCCCUCUCGGGCGAAAAGUUGUGGCUAGAAGCACUUGUCUAUUUCUUGAAGAAGCUAAAGGAAGACGGAAUUGCAAGAAGGAUUUGUGACUCUCACUACAUUGUUGCCAAGGACAACUUCUACGGCCACGAAAAGAAAGCAGAGCUCUUGGUUGUACGGUCGCUGUUACCUUUCAUGUCCCAAAACAACAUUGAAGAAGUGUUUCUUACUGCUGUUGGCUGCAUCAGGUCUUGGGAACUAGAGCUUGGCUGGGGUGUGGCUGUUGAUCUCUUGGGCCUGGCGUGUAAGGCUCUGGAGGGCUUGGACUCUGGAAACACCGAAUCAAUUCACGAGGCAGUGGUGUCUGUUCUGUACUGGUUACAAGGAACGAGAGGUGCUCAACCGAAGCUCUAUCUGAGAGAUGAAGACGCCGGGCUCUCAGAAGACCAGUUUGAGUGGAGUCGUAUGGCCUGCCAUUUCUACCUGGUCAUUCUGAAGCAGUGUCCCCAGGCCCUGACGCCAUGCAACUGGGACUUUGUGUUGCUGAGCAUUGCUACAUGGAAUCAGAAGUUCAACUGGAGGAGAGCAGUGGAGCUUUUUUCAACAAGGGAGAUCAUCUUCACCUGCGAGCUGCUGAGUUCCCUGCUGCAAGUCGCUCACGUGACCGACAAGGCACAGCCGAUCCGCGAGCAGUGCAAGCUGCCUGAGGGCUUCGACGUCGAGUGGGAGGAGUUCUACACUCAUGCCGUCUUCUCUGUGCUCAUUCCUGGAUUCAUUGACAUAGCUCAGCUUUCAACCUGUCCAAAUGAGACGGCUUCUGUACUUCUGAAGAAACUAGCUUCGGCGCUGGAGUUUGCAAGCGAGAAAUCUGUGAUAAAGUUCAUGGAGGGCUUCCAAAACCAGGAGCAAAACGCAGCUUCCCUGAACACUUUAUUGUCAAAACUGACACCCCUGGCCACAUCCAAGUCGCUCGCACUGCAGCUAGGUGCCCACACACUGCUUCAAAAGAUUGUUCCAACAGUUGCGAGAGAAGAAGCACAAGGUAUUGAAAAGCAAGACAGCGACGAAACUUCCAGGAGUCCCCCGGAACCACUGCUUUCGUCGCUGCUCGAAAUGGGCCACAUUGUCGACGUGCUUCUGUUGGACUUCGACGUUGGUGACUGUUGUCUGGUCGAGGCCAACACAGACAGCUACACGUACACUCUUGGCUACCUUCUUUCGUGGCUGGAACUUCUCGCUUUCUUCGGCGCAUCACCCGCUGAGGCAAGGUCUGAGUACGCCAGCUACCUCCAGGAAGAAGGCGUGCUGUCCUCGCUCCUUCAACACCUGUUCUGCCUGAUGCCCUCCAAUGUCAAUUUGGGCUCCAAGGGCAACACCAUGUUCACCGAGCCAGUGAAGCUGAGCCCACAAGAGGUGUUCAGCUCGGCCAAGCUGCAGCACGUCGCAUGCCAGGUGUACCUGGACACCAUAUGCAAGUUGCCAGCCCUUGUGCGUGCCUGGUGGAACAGCCAGAACAAGCGUGUCAUGGACCACGUUGAAAAGUUUACUUCAAACCACGUGACAAGUGUCAUUUCGUCAAGGGAAAUCCAGGCUGUGCAAAAUGCUGAUGUAUCGCUCGAGAACAUGACUGUGAAGGGCCGACCCACAGCACGAGAAGUAGUGGCCACCUACACCAUCGAAGAGGUAGCCAUUGAACUGGUCGUCAAGCUGCCGGCGAACCACCCGCUCGGCGUGGUCACCAUUGAUGGAGGCCGGCGCGUCGGCGUCAGCCAGAGUCAGUGGCGCCACUGGUUACUGCAGCUCACCACCUUCCUGACUCACCAGAACGGAUCAAUCCUGGAUGGUCUGGCCCUGUGGAAGCGUAAUGUGGACAAGCGCUUCGAAGGAGUAGAGGAAUGCAUGAUCUGUUUCUACGUGCUUCAUGGCGCCACCUGCCAGCUACCCAAGCUCUCCUGUCGCACUUGCAAAAAGAGGUUUCAUUCCGCCUGCCUGUUCAAAUGGUUCAACACGAGCAACAAUUCCACCUGUCCGUUAUGCAGAAAUGUGUUCUAAUUUUGCCUACAAAAGCAACGUCGGUGCCACCUGUUAGAAUGUUUCAAUGCACGGUGUUAAUAAAAAUACAACAGCGGGA